UUUCCAGACGCGCUGCACAGUCGUAGCCGUGUGUAGCAAAUCACUUGAAACCACAUCAUCAUCCUUUACAACAAAGUCAGACGUCCGCCAGGGCGCCUGUAGCCUUUUUGGUAAAAGAGGAAUUCGAGUUCAUUAACAGACCUGGUCAAGAAUUGGUACCGAUACGAAAGCGGAGGGUCCGCAUUGCAACAGACAACAGUCAAAUUCAAAAACACCAUGGCCGACGCAGAGCCCCGUCCUAAGCGUUCGCGCUUCGACCAGACCGAGCCGGAACCUCGAAGGACUUCGAGAUUCGACCGACGCUCCCGAUCGCCCCCCUCCCGAAAGUCUGAGCCAGGACGCGAUCGCAGUCCUCUCCCUCGCGCCGAUGACGAAGCAAAGAAGAGCGAGGAACCUUCUACUGCUGCUCUGGAUCCUGCCGCUGCCGCAGCUGCCGCUGCCGCCAAAAUCAACGCGCAGCUCCAAGCGCGCAAGGGCGUUCAAAAUGCCGACUCGGCCCCAGCCAAAUCGGCGUCUUCUACGGGCCCGAUCACGUCAGCAAGCUCGGCGGCCAAGAUCAACGGCGAGAUGUAUGUCGCAGACGGAGACUACAUAAAGGAUAUCGAAGUCAACGAUCUUAGGAACCGAUACCUCUUGACCAAGAGCGCCACGCAAAAGAUGAUCAAAGAAGAGACUGGUGCCGAUGUCACUACCCGAGGAAAUUAUUACCCGGACAAAUCAAUGUCCACCCCGGCGAACCCGCCGCUGUAUUUGCAUGUGACCAGCACUAGCAAGGAGGGACUCGAAGCUGCUGUUGCCAAAAUCGAAGAGCUGAUGAAGCAGGAGCUCCCACAACUCGUCGACGAGCGCAGGUUCCGGCGGCGUGAGGAGCCUGUCGUCGAGCGUGACGAGUACGGCAGGCGCAAAUGGCCCGAGGAACGUAUCCCCAUUGGCCUUGAGCCCAUUCCUGGGUUUAACCUUCGCGCCCAGGUCGUCGGCCAUGGCGGCUCGUACGUCAAGCACAUCCAACAGGAAACCGGUUGCCGAGUACAGAUUAAAGGUCGUGGAUCCGGCUUCCUCGAAACUGCCACUGGGAAGGAAAGCGACGACGAAAUGUUUCUUCAUGUUGCUGGCCCUGAUCCCAAAAUGGUGGAGAAGGGCAAGGAGAUGUGCGAAGACCUUCUCGCCUCUGUGAAAGAGCAGUACGAGGAAUUCAAGGCCCGACCGCCUCGCUUUGGUGGAGAUAGAUUUGGAGGUGACCGCUACAACGGCGGAGGAGAUCGUCACGGAAGCGGUGAUCGUUACGGCGGAGACAGACGUGGAGGGGACCGCUACGGAGGCGACCGCCACGGCGGCGAUCGUGGGCACCAAGGCUAUGGUGGUCAUGGGCAUGGACACGGGCGGAGUCCCGGCGUCCACGGUGCGCCCAGUGGUCCUAGUGGUGGUCAUGGAAACCAGGGCAUUUUCAGCCCCGGCGGAGCGGCGGCAUCUCCUGCAGCUGCUGUCGCAACUGGCGCUCAGGCGACACCCGACUACUCGGCUGCUUACGCGCAAUAUUAUGGCGGUCAAGAUCCAUAUGCCGCGUACGGUGGAUAUGCCGCGUAUGUGCAAAUGUAUCAGCAGUAUUACGCUCAAGCAGGACAGCAAGGUGCAACGGCAGGUGCCCCUGGCGCGCCCGGCGCUCCUGGCGCCUCGUCGACGCCUUCGGCAGCCCCUCCGCCUCCUCCCAGCGAUGCGGCACCGCCACCUCCUCCGCCACCAAGCGCAGCUCCUCCACCUCCGCCUCCAGGUCCUCCAGGAGCGAGUGGUGGAUACAGUGCUGUACCUCCGCCACCCGGGUUGUAGCGCGUGGCAUGGUGGUAGUUGCCGAUAACUAGGCUUCGCUUAUGGGCAAAAGUAUUUUUUCAAUGAAAAGCAGAAGCCGAAAAGAAUUUCGGGUGUAGGAAAAUUUGAUUCUUUGACUGAUGAAACUAUUCUCCCUAUUGCAUUGACUAAUGAGUAUCCACUUUGACUAUUUUCGUUUGCUUGCUCCGGAGACAACAACUUAAGCUAAUGCAAAUGGGCUCACUAUCAACCUGGGUUGGCCUGAAGGUGUACCCAAAGCAAUAUUCUAUCGCACUGCAAGUGGGCAAGCUGUUUUCAAUAGGGAUCAAGAGAUUCGUUUGCUUACUGAAAACGGAUUUUGGCCGGCGAUGUGGAAAUUUAGCGGAUGAAAGAAUGAAUGAAGCAACUCGGAUUGCAACAAUUGUCAAUUUGUGGUUUGUGUGGUGGUCUAUCAUAACUUGUACAAAGUGAAACCUACUAGGAUUCAGGGGUGCGUACCUCGGGAUCACUGUUUGCAAUCAAUUCAUGGGCACCUAAUCAAACCUGAUCGAUGAUCUAAAUAUGUAGU